AUGGAGAUCCGGAAGGCCUACAAGGCGCUGGCGCUGAAAUUUCACCCGGACAAAAACCCGGACUGCGCAGAAUGUGCGGAAAAGUUCGGCAAGAUCUCCAAAGCAUACGACACCCUUUCCAACCCGGAGGCCCGAAAGGUGAUCCGCACCGCUUGCGCUUUCUUUUUUUGUUUGCGAUAA